AACACACACACGAAGACACACACACACAUCCACACGAUGUCAAAUUAAAUUUUCCCGGCGUCGAUUAGUGUAACAUGCGUGAAGCUUUUCCAAGUCUUCCAUUUGAUAACAUUACCGAAGAGAAGCUACUACUACUACUACUGCUCGCAGCCCGGCCAAGCCCGACGGCGCAGCACGAACCGCCGAACGACGACGACCACGACCACCGGGGGCCGGACGAGCUGACGAUAAUCGGUGAAAAGAUAAUAAUUAAUCGUGAGGGUGAAACAAUUAAGCAAACAUUGGUGGAUAACGAGCACGACCAGCCGACGCUCCAGAAGAAUGCUGUACUUGAUACUGACGACACAGCGCAAAGCCACGCUGGCCAUCUGCCAGCAGCAGUCCUCACGGCAGCAACAGCAACGGUGGCUGCAGCAGCAGCAGCAGCAGCAGCAACGACGACGACGGCCACUACGUCACCCUCCGUCAGCUCGACGACCCAGCAUCAACAGCAGCAUCAGCAGCAGCAGCAUCACUCGGUGGCGGCUGCCUCGGCCACCGCGGCUGCCGCCACCUUCUCCACCACCGCGGCUGCCGCCAACACCUCCAUCUCGAGCAGCAGCGGCACGGCACUAGCGGCGGCCCCCGUGCCAUUCUCGGGCGAGCUGGAGGAACUGCAGAACAUACUGCACUUUCCCGAGGAGGUCGCGCUUCGCAUCACCGACAUGGAGUAUCAGCUGUUCUACCAGGUAUCGCCGAUAGAUUUCAUCAACGAGGCCAUCCUCGAACUAAAGAAGGAACGGUGUGGUGGUGGCCGAGAGGGCGGAAGCUUCCAGUCGCCUUUUAGUAGCUUUAUAUCGUCACUGAAUCCCAUACGCAAACGAUUCGAUGAGACCAGCGCGUGGACCAACUAUAUUGUGCUCUCACAAGGUACACAAGACGAACGAAAAGCGGCCUUUGCAUGUCUGUUGCGUGUUGCUAUUUCAUGCUGGAAUAUCGGAAACUUCAAUGGUGCUAAAGAGAUAGUAGAUGGUCUGAAAUCAAUCAAAAAGGAAGCAUUCUGGACGUCGGCCACGGAUCGCACGGGACGGAACACGGUGUACGAGUUUCUUACGACCGUGUUCGAUAGCUUCGAGUAUGAUAAUGCGGUUACGCGGGCAUUGGCCAUACCCACGUGUCGCAUGAUACCGUACUUCCGGGCCCACGUCGAUGAGAUCAAAACGCUGCUACUCACCGUGCCACAGUCGACCAGCUCGGACGGUAGCGAAAACCCGGUGGAAAAGUACUUCCUGGGCGAGGUGAAACCGCUUCCACUGCGGGAAGACGAAGAGUUUGUUGCGAGACUACUGCCACUGGCAUUACCGAUCGAUUACCGGGUGCGGACACCGGUACCCACCGACGUUCCACCGGACAUCCCGUCGGACGAAUCGACCGAACCGCUACUGUUGCCGGACGAGCGGGACGAGUCCCGGGGAGAAGAUCGCGACGAGCUGGUGGAGCAGAUACAGGUGCGCGCGGAACCGGCCGCUAGCCGGCUGGGCGCGUUCAUCGAGCACCAUGACCAGCUGUGCCGGGAGUUGCCACACAGCCUACUGGAGUACCUACGGGCGGCGGCCAACAGUCCGCGCCAAACGAAAACCCCACUCUACAUCUAUCAGCCCUCGAACCUGCAGGAACAGGAGGAGGACUACGAGGUGGAGAUCGGCAACUACAACCCGGUACAGCCACUGUUCUACGACCACGGGAUCAGCAUCAUACCGCUCUCGUCGAAGAAAACCAACGCCAUCGAUCAUCACAUACUGCAGAUCCUACACCAUGGCACCACGUGUGUACUGUGGGAACCGGAGACACCGUCGGAUCGGUCGUCCUACGUUUACCUGCGGCUAGAGCGCUCCUGUUCGUUCGUUUCGUGGCAGCGGACAGCCUGGCGGCGUAUCAAAUCCCAACAAGACUUUAGCCUUAAUGUCAACCCGGAGGAGAUUGUGGCGUGGAAGUUUGCCAAUCGCUAUGCAUCGAAUGUCGGCGAGCUGGAGGGCCAGUGCCAGAACCUGGACGAGGGCAUGCUGGAUCUCGGCACGAUCAAGGAAAUCAAUAUGGGCUCACGGAACCACGAGUACGACGCGGAGAUACUGGCGGCCGGCAAGCGCUUCGGUCUGACGCACGUCGAGUGCUGCGUGACGCUACUGUACGGCAAUUCGGCCAGCGAAAACCGGAUACUGUGCAUCCUCUGUCCACCGAUGCUGUGCCGGGCGUGGUACGUCGGGCUAAACUGGAUGCUGCGGGGCAUCCGGCGGCAGCAGAUACUCAUCGACCGGUCGAUGCUGUGGCUGAAGGAGCUCUACAUACAGCUGUACUUCGAGGAAGGCGCUUGCAGCGAACCGAGCGUAGCCGAUGCGAUCAAAGCUUUUGGUGGGCGCUGCUACGGGCUAUCAUCCAUCAAGUCGUGGUCAGGUUCACAGAUUAACGAUGCGAGCGAGACCAGUGCGACCGUUGCAAAGAAGGACUCGUCGACGACCAAAAUACGCAAGAAGCGCUCCGUUGCCAACUUGCUCACUCAAACCACCAACCCCACCGGAAGCGGAGGUGGAAGUGGAGGUGGUAGUGGUAGUGGAGGUGACACUACACCCUCCGACACGAUGCUGCUGGAUACGCGCGACUACCGGACGCGGUCUAUCGAGCGGCGGCGCGAACGGAACGGGUCGAACGAUCAGCUCUGGCAGAACGUGAAGCAUCUUCGCAUCGGGUCGGUCACCUACGAUACUCAAUUAGAUUUUUUAAGCUUCGUCUCACUGUAUCGAUCGUUUAGUUUAAUUGCACGGCAGGACCUGCGUGAUAUUUUCGACCAGCUCUCGGUGACCACCAUAUCGCGGACGACACUGAACGGGGAGAAGAGCCGAAGUGCUCCAGAGCUAUCGGAAACCAUGGUCAAGAGAAAGAUCGGACUUUUGACACGCAAUUGCUCACUGGACAUGGAUCUGACCGAGGCGAAACACACGCAGAAGAAAUACUUCGACGCAAUAGCGGCCUCGAGCAUCGCCCACAUUGCCGCCAGCAACGAUUUCCUGUCGUGCAGCAACAAGGUCAUCACGAUAUCGACGCUGAAAAAGUUUCUCGAAACGCGCCAGAUGGAAAUCAAAACCGAUGAGGAUGUGAAAGCCAUUAUACAGCGUCACGAACCGGAGGCGGCACAUCGCAUCGAAAACUGUCUCAGCUUUGAGGGUUUCGCACGGUACAUGAUCGACAAGGACAACUACGCGUUUCUCAGCGAAAUCAUGCCGGAAAGCACCUACAUGAACCUGCCAAUGUCCCACUACUACAUUGCGUCCUCGCACAAUACGUACCUCACCGGGCAUCAGCUCAAGGGUGAAAGUUCGGUUGAGCUGUACAGCCAGGUGCUGCUGACAGGUGCACGCUGUGUGGAGCUCGACUGCUGGGAUGGCGACGAUGGUACGCCCGUCAUCUACCAUGGGCACACGUUCACCACCAAGAUUCCCUUCCGAGCCGUCGUAGAAGCAAUAAAUAAAUCUGCCUUCAUUCAAUCUUCCUACCCCGUGAUACUUUCCAUCGAGAACCACUGCUCGGUGCAGCAGCAGCAACGGAUGGCUAACAUAUUUCAGGCAAUCUUCGGUGAGAAGCUGGUGACUAACUUCAUGUUCGAUCAGGACUACAGCGAUGAACCGUAUCUACCGUCGCCGCUGUCGCUCAAGCACAAGAUACUGAUCAAAAACAAAAAGCUUAUCGUCGAAAUACCGGCAACCUUAUCAACCGGUUUAACACGACAGAACACCUUCAAACAAUCGAAUUUAUCCAGCAGAGCCAGUUCAAUUAUAUCAAACACUAGCGGUAGUUCGCUGAAUGAAGAGUUUAGCGAUGACGAGUAUGAGGAUGAUGACGAUUUUGACAAUAUUGAUGAAAAAACAUAUCAUACAACUUGGGGAUCAAUAGAAGAUAAGUAUAGGCAUAGUGUGUGCCAUUCCAACAUCACGCCGACAAAGUCGAAAGUCCAAGACCAGGACGAACGAUCCCGCAAGCGCAGCAACCAGAUUGCCCGAGAGCUCUCCGAUCUGGUGAUUUACGUGCAAGCAAUAAAAUUUCGCGGCCUGAACCCGUACAGCCCGCACAACUCAAUACGUGCCAAUCCGAAGCAGCAGCAGCAGCAACAGCAACAGCAGCAGAGUCAGCAAAGUCAGCAAAAUUUGCCCAGUGCUCAGCAAAUCUCUCAACAGCAGCAGAAUGUGCUGAAAACGAGUGGGUCAGUCGUGACGGUUGGAAGCAUCCUGAAGAACAGUUCCGGCGAUACGCUUAGUUUGCCCUCGUCCAGUCACCUGUCGGACAGUUUAUCGCUCAGCUACGAUGCUUCAAGCAUCAGUGGAAGUGAAUCACAUCUCCCACCGUUAUCGAACUCCACUCGAAACCGUACGCUUCCGAACGCAAACCAUCCGUGCUACCAGUGUUCAUCCAUUAAUGAGGCGAGUGCGAAGAAACUCUGCCGCAAGGAUCCGCUGGGUCUGAUUGCACACACCGAAUCGCAGCUGAUGCGUACCUAUCCGGCCGGUUUGCGGAUAGAUUCGUCCAACUUUAAUCCGGUGUUUUUCUGGGCGUUCGGUAUACAGAUGGUUGCGCUCAACUACCAAACGGAGGACAUUCCCAUGCACAUAAACAAGGCAAUGUUCGAGGAGAACAAUAGCUGCGGAUACGUGCGGAAACCGGAUGUACUGUGGAAUCGAUCGCAUCUGAUGUACCGACGGUACAGUCCGCUGGAGAAGGAGUUCGAUGGUCUGCACGUGACGCAGCUCGUGCUGAACAUUGUGUCGGGUCAGUACCUGAACCAGGCCAGUCUGUACUCGAGCACGUUCGUCGAGAUCGAGCUGCUCGGGAUUCCGGUCGACUGUGGCAAGCGCAAGACGAAGAUCAUCCGCAAAAACUCGUUCAAUCCGCUGUGGAACGAAACCUUCUACUUCAAGAUCAUGUUUCACGAUCUGGCGUUCCUGAAGUUUAGUGUGUACGAUGCGGAAACGGGACUCGUGAUCGCGCAGCGUGUGAUAUCGCUUAAAUGCAUCCGACCAGGGUACCGGCACGUGCGGCUUCGUUCACCCACCAACCAACCGCUCAACAUGGCCUCACUGUUUGUGUACACGCGCGUCGAGGAAGAAAGUCUCGACCGAUCGUACGACGAGAUCGACGAGCAGUAUCUGCAGCAGCGUGGGGAGAAAAAUCGUGGCGGCCGUGGUGGAAACAACAGCGGCGGAGAUGGUGGCGAUGUGCCGGUACUGUUUGAAGCGAGCCGACUGGAUGUGGCCAACAGUCUCGAGAGCAAGGUGCCGCAGCUGAAGCGAAAAAUGUUUUUUCUCACCGUGUACGACGUGGUGCCGGACAAACCGUACACGAUUCUGAAGAUCACACAGGAAAGCACAACGAAGGACGUGCUGACGCAGGCGAUGCAAAAGAUGAACAAGUCGGCUCAGGACAUGUCCAACUUCAUACUCAUCGAGGAGGUGUACCGGGGCUGGGAAAAGAAGGACCGAUUGUUGCCACCGAGCCAGCGUGUGCUGGACAUGACGGAGAAACCGCUCCAAGCGCAAGGACACUGGAAGGGUGAGGGAAGAUUCAUUCUGAAGAAAAUCGGAAACGAUCCGAGCAGCCGGGCGUGGGUUACCUCCAUCCGCCGGACAACCGAUCGGCGUGCCUCGAUCGCAGCAACUAUGGCCGGUGCGGUUGGUGGAGCGGCAUCCGGUGGUGCUGGUACUGGGAAGGAACCAACAGCGGACGAUCUGCUGGCGCUCGAGAAUGUCGAUAACUUUCUGGUGUGCGUGUACAACGUGUCGCAGGACAUCCCGUACGCAAUAUUGCGCGUGCCAAUGAAGUCUACCGCUCAGGACGUGUUGGCGCAGGCUCUGCUAAAAGCACGCCGGCUCGACAACCCCAACAACUUUGUGCUGGUGGAGGAGCUCAACUACAGCAACAAAAGUAACGACACGAUGCAGCGCAUCCUGCUGGACGAUGAAAACGUGUACGUGACGCAAGCGAACUGGAAAACGAUCGGCCGCUUUGUGAUCCACGAGCGCAGCCAGCUAACGCCGUCGACCAUCCGCAAAACGAUCCUGCCGAUCGAGAAGAUAAGCCGCGGGUUUAGCAUCUCGCGUGGUUCUUCGUCCUCCUCUACCUCGGUACACUCGCUCGCGUCCAAAUCACCGAUACAGGUGGCGCUGAGCGAUCCCACCGCUUCGUCCUCACGGUUCAAGUCCCGGUCGGCGGGCGCGCACGAAUCGGCCUCCGGAUCGGGAUCGGGAGUGGGGACAAAGUCACGCCACCAUGGACACGGGCGGACCAAGUUCUGCUCGGAAAAGGAUACCUCGUUCUCGAGCACCAGCGCUGGGAAUGCUGGUUCAAAGUCGGCUAACCGACGGGAGGUUCACUCCGAGGGGGAAACGCUCAGCGAUGAGGAAACGAAGGAAUCGGACAUAAUGUCAACGAUGUCUCGGUUCAAGCGAAUGUCGAUCAAGAAGCUAAAGUCGUGGAAAUCGUAACUCGGUAC